UAUUCAUUCAGUCAUGUCGAAUUCCUCUACCACUUCGUAUCUUAUCACCGGCGCGAACCGCGGUGUCGGUCUGGCUCUGGUACAAGAUCUGCUUGAACACAAGCCCAACGUCGUCGUGUUUGCCGGAGUCAGGAAGAUCGAUUCCUUGAAGACCGGGGAUAAACUCAAAGAUCUGGCCGACAAGUACGGGGAUCGUUUGAACCUUGUGCGAUUGUCGUCGACUUCUGUAGAAGACGCGCGAGAGGUCGGGAAGGUCAUUCUGGACAAGGCUGGCAAGCUCGAUGUUGUCAUUGCCAACGCAGGUAUCAUGACCGGCCACUCCCCAAUUCUCUCCGUUCCCCUGGAAGACAUGCGCAACCAUUUCGAGGUCAACACCCUAGGCCCGCUCAUCUUGUUUCAAGGUACGGCUCAGGCGUUGUUCAAGUCCGCGGCGCCCAAGUUCGCGGUCAUCUCUUCGGGAGGGGCUAGUCUGGGACAGCUCUUUGAUCAGCCUAUCACAGCUUACGCAACGUCUAAGGUCGGCGUGAACAUGAUCGCAGCUAGGAUCAACCAGGAACACGAGAAAGAGAACCUCGCUGCUUUCGCUCUGCAUCCGGGUGUCGUCGAGACUGAUAUGUCUGCCGGGCACGAAUUCUCACCGGAUUUCAAGAUCAUCACUCCUCAAGAGUCCGCACAGAGUAUUCUGAGAUACGUCGACGGUGCGACGAGGAGCUCGGCAGGAGGCAAGUUUUGGAGUGCGCCGGAUGAUGCGGAGAUUCCUUGGUAGUAGCGCAGGACGAAUCUUGAGGCAAGG